AUGAGUAUCCACGUGGAUAAACCGGAUUCAAUGCAAAAUGAGCUAGUCGAGAUUCAAGCUCUAGGAUUGACCCCAAAUCAAAUUUAUACAUUCAGAAUGACGCUGAAGCAUGACUAUGGUACUCAUAGAUCAGAAGCUACUUUCAAAUCGGAUCCUGCUGGAAGAAUUGAUUUGAAAUGUGCGAGUCCAUUGAGAGGAUCCUAUCAUGAUGCUGAUCCGAUGGGAUUGUUUCUUGGAAUGAAGCCAUGUGAAGAUUUUGCAUAUGGGGGAUACCUUCGAUGUACCCCUCCAAUUCCAUUUUAUUAUCAUUUACAAUUGUUCAAUUCGGUAGGCACAUUGAUUGAUGAGACAUACAUUAAAAAGCAUUGGAUGCAUCCGAAACUGGAAAGAAUCGAAAUGGAAGAUGAUGGAUUCUGCGCAACACUUUUCAAACCACCAGGAGACGGACCAUUUCCUGCGGUUCUAGAUUUAUCAGGAACCGGUGGAGGGAUUCAUGAACAUAAAGGAGCAAUGUUGGCAUCUGAAGGCUUUGUUGUCCUUUGUGUUGCUUUUUUCCAAUACAAAUACUUGCCGAACAAAAUGGAAGAAGUCAAUAUGGAAUACUUUUCUAAGCCGAUCGAGUACCUAGCCAAUCUUCCGUACACAUUGAAUGUAAUUGGAAUACAAGGAGUCUCUUUUGGUGCUACAAUUGUUGAUCUACUGGCAACAAGACAUGGUGAUAAGAUAAAAGCAGUCGUCUCGAUCAACGGUCCACAAGUAGUCUCCGAUUAUCUGUACAUGCAAGAAAACGGAGAACCAAUUCCUCAUCUUUCUCAUGGACAAGUCACUUUGGAACACUGUCAAUUCAUAAAUGGAGUCAUGUGUUCCCAUAGAAACUUUCAAAUUAUGACCGAAAAAUUGACACCAGAAACCGAAAUUCCGUGGUCAAGAAUUCCGACAGAUGUGAAAAUAAGAGUUCUUGGAUCAGUUGAUGAUUUAUGUCAACCAUCCGUUCACGCGACUCUCUAUCGACAAAGACGGCUUAAGGAAACUGGGCACGAUGUGGAGGUAAGAGUACAAAAAUACAUUCUAGAGUUCAUCCAGAAUCAAAAAAAAUUCGUCUUUCAGGUUGAGAUGGUGAAUGGAGGACAUAUCAUGGAACCCCCUUAUUUUCCACAUCACGAAUUAGUUUAUGCAAAGUAUCAAGGAUUCUAUUGUGGUUACGGCGGAGAAGUUCUUCUGCAUGCAAAAUCCCAGGAAAAAACAUGGGCUAAUUCCAUCAAAUUCUUCCAACGAGCAUUAGGAAAAACAAAACACAUUGAGGAUUGGCAAAGAUUGGAACUAAUUUUACCUCCUAGAGGAGAAAGUAAACUGUAA